AUGGCCUCGAAACAGCACCGGCGACUGCUGGUGCCCUGGAUCUACGACAUAGGAGUAUUUGUCUUCACGCUAUGCCUGGAUAUAUUCUUCCGCGAAGUGUACCCGCGCAACGCGUGGCGUGUGCCUGCAAAGGGGCCGGUCGUCAUCAUUGCGGCGCCGCACGCCAACCAAUUCGUCGACUCGGCACUGCUGAUGCGCAUCCUCUCUCACCAUGCGAACCGGCGCGUGUCGUUCCUCAUCGCCGAAAAGUCGAUGCGGGAGCCGUACAUCGGCGCGCUGGCUAGUCGUAUGGGCGCGCUGCCUGUUGUGCGCGCAAUGGACAACAUCAAGCCGGGUGCCGGGAAGAUCUACUUGCCCGAUCCGGAAGGCGACCCGACCCUGGUGCGUGGCAAGGAUGGCGUCGACUUCACCUCCUCCGCCUACAUGGUCGGCGGCAACCUUAUCCUGCCCAAGGUUGGCGACGAGAGCCCCGAUCAGCAGCCCAUCGCCGAGAUCCUGUCUCAAGACUCGCUGCGCCUGCGGACUCCGUUUAAGACUUUCGAGCCCGACCAUCCAUUGCACAAGGCGCUCCGCGAGGGCGCCGCCUUCAAGGUAUCGCCGCACAUAGACCAGCACAAGAUGUUCGACGCCGUCUACAACGAGCUCUGCGCCGGUGGAUGCAUCGGUAUUUUCCCAGAAGGCGGCUCUCAUGACCGCCCGUCUCUCCUCCCUCUGAAGGCUGGCGCCGCCAUCAUCGCACUCGGCACUCUCGCCCGUGAGCGUGACUGCGGCCUCACCAUCCUCCCCUGCGGCAUGAACUACUUCCACCCCAACAAGUUCCGCUCGCGCGCCGUCGUCGAGUUCGGCAGCCCCAUCCGCGUUGCACCCGCCCAGGUCGACGCCUUCCAAGCCGGCGGCGACGAGAAGCGGCACGCCGUCAGCUCGUUGCUAGCGACGAUCGAGGAAGCGCUGGCCGCCGUGACGCAGCAGGCGCCGGACCACGAGACGCUGAUGCUGGUGCAGGCGACGCGGCGGCUGUACAAGCCGCUGCGGGCCAAGCUGCCGCUCGCGACGACGGUCGAGCUCAACCGGCGCUUGCUCGAGGGCUACGCGCGCUUCCGGCACGCGCCGCAGGUCGAGGCGCUGACGCGCUCCGUGCUGGCCUACAACCGCCAGCUGCGCGCGCUGGGCGUCAAGGACCACCAGGUCGAGUGGGGCGACGUCGGCCGCCGGCCCUGGCUCUUCGUGCUCGCCACGCUGCUGUACCGCGUCUUCUUCCUCGCCGCCCUCGUCGCCGGCACCCUGCCGUCGCUCGCCCUGUUCUGGCCCGUCUUCGUCACGUCCAAGGCCAUCUCGGUCAAGAAACAGCGCAAGGCCCUCGCCAACUCGUCGGUCAAGCUCGAGGCCCGCGACGUGGUUGGCACGUGGAAGAUGCUCGUCGCCCUCGGCCUCGCGCCCGCCCUGUACGUGUGGUACACGAGCGUCGUCUCCGUCUGGCUCGUCUUCUGCCGCGGCGGCGGCAAGCUGUGCGUCGACGCCGCCCCUUGGUGGGCCAGGGCCACGACGUGGGUGCCCGCCUGGCUGCCGCUGAAGCUGUUCGUGCCCGCCUUCUUCGCGCUGAUGGUCGCCGUCACGUUUGCCGGGCUGAGGAUCGGAGAGGUGGGCAUGGACGUCGUGAAGAGCUUGCCGCCGCUGCUGGUCGCGUUGAAUCCGUUCAGCAAGGGUGCGUUGGUGCGGCUGAGGGAGAGGAGGAGGCAGGUGGCGAAGGAGGUGGUCGAGGUCAUUGAGAGGUUUGGGCCUGAGGUGUUCCCUGAUUUCGAGGAACAGAGGUUGUUGUUCGCGAAGAAGGGAGAGGAUGAGGACGUGAGUAGUGAUGAUGAGGGGCCGAGAUACGACGAUGGGGUGGUGGAGUCGGAAAUGAAAAAGGACGUGUGA